AUGGCUGCUAGAAUCUCUCUGCUAUUAGGAUUCACAGCCUGCUUGCUGUUAGGUUUAUUUACUCCUACGACUAAGCCAGCAUUGGCAGAUGAUGAUAUCCCAGAUGAUGAUUUUAAUCGUCUUUAUUUCCCAGAUGACUUUAUUUUCGGGACAGCCACUUCUGCUUACCAGAUUGAGGGUGAAGCAAACAAAAAGUGCAGAGGACCUUCUAUAUGGGACACAUUCACCCAUGAUUUUUCAGAGAGGAUAGUCAAUGGCAGCAAUGGAAAUGAAGCUGUUAAUUUUUAUAAUGUCUACAAGGAAGAUAUUAAAAGAAUGAAGGAAAUGGGUUUUGGAGCUUUCAGAUUCUCCAUUUCGUGGUCCAGAAUAAUACCCAGUGGGAGAGUACAUGAAGGAGUGAAUGAGCAAGGAAUCGAAUUUUACAACAAUCUUAUAGAUGAAAUUAUAAACAAUGGAAUGGAGCCUUAUGCAACUAUUUUUCACUGGGAUACUCCUCAAGCUCUUGAAGACAAGUAUGGUGGCUUUUUAAGCUCUGAAAUUGUGGAUGAUUUUCAUGAUUUUGCGGAUCUUUGCUUCAAAAACUUUGGUGAUAGAGUGAAGUAUUGGGUUACUAUAAAUGAACCAUGGUCUUUGGCAUCAUUUGCUUAUGACUCAGGCGAUCAUGCUCCUGGCCGAUGCUCAGAUUGGGUGAAUCGAGCAUGCCCAGCUGGAAAUUCGGCCACCGAACCUUACAUUGUUUCCCAUAAUCUGCUUCUUGCUCAUGCAGCUACUGUUGAACUAUAUAGGAAAAAAUAUCAGGCAACACAAUAUGGCAAAAUUGGGAUAACGCUAAAUUCUAUGUGGUUUGAGCCAUACUCGGACAGCGCAAUUGAUAAGGAGGCUGCUAGAACCGCUAUUGAUUUCAUGUUUGGUUGGUUUAUGGAUCCUAUAACCUAUGGUCAAUACCCAAGGAGCAUGCAGACUUUGGUUGGAGAUAGAUUGCCAAAAUUCAUGGGCAAUGAAUCUAAAUUGCUCAAAGGAUCAUAUGAUUUUCUUGGGUUAAAUUACUAUGCUGCAAAUUAUGCAAAAGGAAAUGCUAUUGUUGAUCCACAUUUUCAGAGAUACUCAACUGACCAUCAUGUUGAGCAAACUCCUUUUGAUGAAAAUGGUAAACCCAUUGGUCAAGAGGCUUACUCACGUUGGUUGUACAUUUAUCCGAAAGGUAUUCAAUACCUUUUGAACUACAUCAAACGUGAAUACAAAGAUCCAAUAAUUUAUAUUACUGAGAACGGAGUUGAUGAGUUCAAUAACAAAACGCUAACCCUGGAGCAAGCCCUUGAGGAUCGUGUGAGGAAAGAAUAUUAUCAAACCCAUCUUUGGAAUGUACUCCGAUCAGUCAACGAGUCUAAAGUUAACGUCAAAGGUUACUUUGCUUGGUCAUAUUUGGACAACUUCGAAUGGAACAUCGGCUACACUUCAAGAUUUGGUUUGAUCUAUGUAGAUUAUGAAGAUAACCUAAGAAGACACCUCAAGGAAUCAGCUACUUGGUUCGAGAAAUUCCUCAAAAGGACUAGUAUUGAAGGUGAAGCAAACACAAAGUGCAGAGGACCUUCUACGUGGGACACAUUCACCCAUGAUUUUCCAGAGAGGAUAGUCGAUGGUAGCAAUGGAAAUGAAGCUGUUAAUUUUUAUAAUGUCUACAAGGAAGAUAUUCAAAGAAUGAAGGAAAUGGGUUUUGAAGCUUUCAGAUUCUCAAUUUCGUGGUCUAGAGUAAUACCCAGUGGGAGAGUACGUGAAGGAGUGAAUGAGCACGGAAUCGAAUUUUACAACAAUCUUAUAGACGAAAUUAUACAAAAUGGAAUGGAGCCUUAUGCAACUAUUUUUCACUGGGAUACUCCUCAAGCUCUAGAAGACAAGUAUGGUGGCUUUUUAAGCUCUGAAAUUGUGGAUGAUUUUCGUAAUUUUGCGGAUCUUUGCUUCAAAAAAUUUGGUGGUAGUGACAGAGUGAGGUAUUGGGUUACUGUAAAUGAACCAUGGUCUUUAGCAUCAUUUGGUUAUGACUCAGGCGUUCAUGCCCCUGGCCGAUGCUCAGCUUGGGUGAAUCGAACAUGCCAUGCUGGAAAUUCAUCCAUUGAACCUUAUAUAGUUUCCCAUAAUUUACUACUUGCUCAUGCAGCUACUGUUGAACUAUAUAGGGAAAAGUACCAGGGCAAGAUUGGAAUAACACUAAAUUCUAUGUGGUUUGAGCCAUACUCUAAUAGCAUAAUUGAUAAGGAAGCAGCCAAAACAGCCCUUGAUUUCAUGUUUGGUUGGUUCAUGGAUCCUAUAACCUAUGGUCAAUAUCCAAGGAGCAUGCAGACUUUGGUUGGAGAUAGAUUGCCAAAAUUCAAGCGCAAAGAAUCUAAAUUGCUCAAAGGAUCAUAUGAUUUUCUUGGGUUAAACUACUAUGCUGCAAAUUAUGCAAAAGGAAAUGCUAUUGUUGAUCCACAUUAUCCUAGAUACUCAACCGAUCAUCAUGUUAAUCAAACUCCUUUUGAUCGGAAUGGUGAACCCAUUGGUAAAAAGGCUUAUUCACCUUGGUUUUACAUUUAUCCGGAAGGCAUUCGACAUCUUCUCAACUACAUAAAAAAUGAAUACAAAGAUCCAGAAAUUUAUAUUACUGAGAAUGGGGUUGAUGAGCUCAAUGACAAAACGCUAACCCUGGAGCAAGCCGUUGAGGAUCGUGUGAGGAAAGAAUAUUAUCAAACCCAUCUUUGGAAUGUAUACCGAUCCAUCAACGAGUCUAAAGUUAACGUCAAGGGUUACUUUGCUUGGUCAUAUUUGGACAACUUCGAAUGGAAUAUCGGUUACACUUCAAGAUUUGGUUUGAUCUAUGUAGAUUAUGAAAAAAACCUAGCUAGAGAUCUCAAGCAAUCCGCUAUUUGGUUCGAGGAAUUCCUCCAAAAACAAUGA